AUGUGGGCACGCACGCAACUGGCCUGGCAUAAGAAGUUGCCCUUCAACGGGGAGCACCUGAAGCUUAUGGGUCAGCUCUUCGACUACUUGCGCGCGAUUGAGUCUUGGGCAGACUUGGAUGGAGGUCAUUGGGAGGAGCAUUCUGCCAUCCAUGCAUCUUCCAUUGGGCCACCUUUAGCAGCGGUGAAGCUUUUCACGAAGGUGGCUGCCAGGGACGGCUUCUUGCCCCCCUGCAAAUCCGACACCUUGGAGGUCCUUGAAAAGAAUCUGCAGGCGGCCUUGUUGAAGAUCCUUCCGGGGGAGAUUACUUUUCCUGCUGAGCUGGCCAGAGAUGCGGAUGCAGCGGCGGUCUUCUUGGCAUAUCCCUUGGAGGUCGUAGACGACCAACUGGGACUUCAGAUCAUGGAGCGCCUCACAAAGGUCAUGGGCCAUAUUGGCAUGUGCCGUUACAGAAAGGAUAGCUAUUGGUGCAAGGACUACAAAGACAAGGUUGGAGAUGAUCCGACCAAACACUUCACAGAUGAAGAACUGAAGGAACGGGACAGGCUCCUUCAAGAGGGAGAAGAAGCGCAGUGGUGUCUUUUUGAUCCGAUGGUUAGCGCCUUCUAUGGCCGCAUGUACCAGAAGACCCAGGAUGCGCAGUAUUUGAAGCUCCAGCAGCUUUUUCUGGCCAGGUCUUUGGCGGCCAUUACAGGAGAUGACUGCCCCUAUGGUCCAUGGCACUGUGCAGAGGCGUAUUACUUGGAGAAGGACCGAUGGGUGCCAAAUGAUGACACACCGUUGGUUUGGACACAGAUCGACCUCAAGAUGGCCUUGUUUGAGAUGGAGAGGAGUUUGAACGUGCUCAACUGA